UUUUGUAAAAUUAAUUUUUUUUUUUGAAUCAGGUAUAACAUUUCCCUUCAUUAAACGAGAUAUAUAUAGGCAAUGAUUACUCACUACACCCUUAUUUUCAAUCCCAGUUUAUCGCUCAAUUUAACUACGUCUUAGUAUUUACAAAAAAAAGUGACUAUUUUAUUCAAACCCAAUUCUUGAGAUCAGAUUCUUUUUUAUUGAAAUCUGAAAAUCAUAAUUAUGAAUAAAAUAUUGACCUAAAUAAUAACAAUUGGUGUUUUUUUUAUUUAAUUACAAUUUGACUUACACAAAUAUUUCUCAAAGAAAAAAAAAGAAGAAAUACUCAUGGUUACAGAGGAAAUUAAUGAAAAUUCAAUUGCAGAACGUUUACAUCAACCUGUACCUUUAGAUUUAUCUUAUCAUUCAUCAAUUUCAAAUGAAUCAAAUAUUUCUAAUCAAUUAUCAAUUUCAACAAUAACAACACCAUUUAUUAAUAAAUAUGAUAAAUCUACUAAUAUACAAUUAAGUAGUUUACAACAUACAUGUAUUAGUAUACCAAUUAAAACAUCACAAUUAAAUGAUAAAUUCGAUAAUCAAUUAUAUUUUCCACAAUCAUCUAUUAUAGAACAAGUGAAUACAUUAUAUAGAUCUAAUUUAGAAAAAUUACAAAUGUUUUAUACAUUGAAAAGAAGUCAAUUAAAAUCUAUGAAUGAUUUAUAUCAUUCACCAUUAAUAACUAUACCACCACCUGAACAAUUAUUAGCAUUAACAAUGUUACAUAAUCAUAAAUCUAUUAAAUUCACUCCAAUAAUCAACACGAGUAAUAAUAAUAAUAAUAAUAAUAUUUCAUUGUUACCAAGACAAUUAAAUCAAACUAUUAAAAACGACUUAGUUACUAAUUUAUCUUCAACUAUUCCAUCAUUAUAUGAUAAUCAAUUCAUCGAUUUAAACAAUAAUAAUAAUAAUCAAUAUUGUAAUUCAAUUCCAUUUGAAUUAAUAUCGAUUUAUUUAAAAAUGUUAGAAAAAUCAAAAAAUUUUAAUGAAAUUUACAAAAAUGAUGGUAGUAACUAUUCCUAUGAAACUAUUUAUAAAUGGUUAUUAUCAUUACGUAAGAAUAUUUAUACAACAAUCGAUAAAGAUUUAAAUAAUCCGCCUUUGAAUUAUCCAAUUAAAACAAAACUUUCACAAACAGUAGUUCAUGUUGAAAGUGAUAAUAAUAAUAAUGAUAAUAAUAAUAAUAAUAAUAAUAACGGUAUUAAGAAUAUACCUAAGAAACAUAAAACAAUAACAAGUGUUUUAGAUGUAUUACCAUCAGAUAGUAUAGAAGUAGUACAAGGAUUAUUAUCAACAUGUGUAAAUCAUUUUACACCUAAACGUGAACGUUAUACAUGCCAUUUUUGUGGUAAACUAUUUCCUAGAUCAGCUAAUCUUACUAGACAUAUACGUACACAUACUGGUGAACAACCAUAUAAAUGUAUACAUUGUCCAAGAUCAUUUAGUAUUAGUUCUAAUUUACAACGUCAUAUACGUAAUAUACAUCAAAAAGAAAGACCAUUUCACUGUAAUGUUUGUUUAAAACGUUUUGGACAACGUGCCAAUUUAGAGAGGCAUGUUCGAAAUCAUUUAAUCAGUAAAUAUCAUCAUCAUCAUCAACAGCAGCAUCAAUACAAGCCAUUAUUAUCACCUACAUGGUCAUCAUCAUAAUCAUCCUUCAUCUUUUCAACAGUGAACACAAAUUUUUCCCUAGAAUAACGUGAUAUUAUAUCAAGUAAUUCAAAUAGAGUUUAUCCUAAUGCUGUCCAUCAAUAAGACAGACAUUUCUCUCUAUGUAUUCUUAUUUAAAGCCUUUAAUAUUAGUGAUUUUAUAACUUUCUUCUCAAAUCAACCCUGAUAAAGAAUUUUGUUGAUCUUGUGUUCAUAUAUACGCAUACAUAUAUGAUAUAGUUACUUGAUUUGAUGUAAUUUAUGUUUGUUUGUUUGUUGUUCACAUUGAUGACCAUGAUCUUAUGAUUGGUUUGAUCAAUCAAUUAUGUAUAUCUUGUCUUCUCUUCUUUUUCCGUUGUUGUUGUUGUUGUUGAAAAGUAGUAAUAAUUGGAUGAUGUACUCGCUUCCUUUAGUUAUCUUACAUAUAAUACACCCUGUGUAGUGUAUAUCGUCUGUUAUCUGUCAUAUUCAUGAAUCUAUACAUGCAAAUAUAUACACAUUUAUAUACAGUUUAAUACAUAUACAUAUAUAUAUAACAAGAUAAGGAAAAGACUUCACAUUGUUGAUGAUAAGUUGUUUCUCUCUUUUUAGAUAAUCCUGUAGUUAUUAACAACCAACCAACCAAUCAAAUCAACAACAACAAACCAACGAACAAUCAAACAAAAGUAUCUCAUAUUUAUCACAUCCUUAAAUAAUAUGGAUAAAUAAAUGACUACCGGAAAACAAAAUUUCUUCUUUCUUUCUUUCGUUCGGCAACCAUCAUUUGCAUAGCGUUCAUUCUGUUGACAUGAUGAUGAUGAUGAUGAUAGUGAUGGGGUAACUGUGUCUAUGUGCGUAUGUUUAUAUCCUCAGUAGGCGUUCAUUAGUAAUUGUGAUUAUCUGAUUUCUCUUAUAUCCUUAUGAUUGUUGUUGUUGUUUUUAAGUCUUGUUAGGUCUUUUAAGUUGAAAAAAAUUUGCAAAAAUUUAAUUAAAUUUUCAGAGAGGUUAUCAAUUCACAUGUCAGUUGAAUGGGUUUCCUGUUAAAGAAAAAAAAAAGAUUCUAGAAAAAUAUAAAUUAUUUCAAUGAAGGAUGAAUCAAUUGUUAGUGUAUUGAAUAUAUUAAAAUAUAGUUUCUUAGAAAUAAGCGGCUUUAAUGAAGUUACAUUAUUUGAACUGAAUGGUUUAAUUAUGAGGAUAAUGGAAACUAUUUGAUGUAGUUUAUAAUGGAAUAUGCAUGGUUUAGUUAAAUCCCAAAUUGAUUGAAUUCAGGAAUGAUCUUUGUUAAACCUGAAGUUUGAGGAUGAAAUCCCGUGAAGUUUUACGAGUACCAAUU